AGGAGCGUCCAGGACUCGCCACGUCCCCGCAGAAAGCAGUCCGUCCUGCAUUUGGCUCCCCUCCGACAUUCCAACAGUGAAGAUGGAUUUGCCACAGAAAUAUGGUGGAAGGCUUUCCUCCAGCAAGGCCGAGCCCUGGAGCUCAGCGGACGGGACGUGGUCGUGAGGCACACGGGGCUUUAUUUUGUUUACAGCCAGGUGCUGUUCCGUGACCCCACCUUUACUAUGGGGCAGGUGCUGUGGCGGGAAGCUCCUGGGAAGCCCGGCCAAAUCCUGUUCCGCUGUGUCCAGAGCAUGCCCCCAAACCCAGAAAAGGCCUUCAACAGCUGCUAUAGUGGAGGGAUUUUCCACCUGCAGCCUGGAGACCGGCUGAACCUCCGCAUCCCUCGUUUCAACGCAUCGUUGGACCUGACUGCCCACGGGACCUUCCUGGGCUUUCUCCGUCUAUAGUGGUCUUCUCGGGGGGCCCACCGUGAGAGACAUCGGGGCCAAAGUGUCAGGGCACGAGUGCGGGCGGUGUUUGACCCAGGUACCCCACACCUCCGAGAGGGUCCAGAAGGUGGGACAAAGGCUGCGCCGGUAUCUCCGGUGCUGGCAACGCUACUGACCGCCAGAGCCUAAGACUUCUCGGUUCUGCUCCGAGCUUCGAGGGGCUGAUUGGGGAGACUCUCGGCAGACCAGGGGGGUGAGCUGGUAUUUGCUGCAGGAAGUGAGGUGAAGAGCUUAGGCCAAGCUGAGCUGCUCGAGAACGUCUCCGACCCUCCUUUUCCCAAUAUGCCAGUCUUUCCCAGC